AAUCAUACAAGGCUGGUAUUGACUAUCUGCUGCUAUCGUCAACCGAUACACACAAUUUUGUGACGACAUCGCAUUGGUAGCAGUGCUCGUACUAAAAGACGCAGAAAGAAAUGCAUAGCCAUUAGUCGGAUCGCAGUCUACGUUGAUGCUGGUUGAUAUAACAGCUGGUUGAUAAGACAGAAACUGUCUUUACAGCGACUUUUAUUUACGCGUGACGAUGAAAGAAUCGAAGAACGUAAAUCAAGAAAGUGAUGUUUCCGCGUUAUGCAUCGACGUAGCAAAGGUGAAAUCAUUGGCUGGAGAAUCGCGGAAAUCCGAAUGUAACAAUGCGCACGAUGCCGAUCCAGGAGGUUGGACCCCAUUACUGGUACUGGGUGGUGUCACUUGCUGUCUGGGAUCAGCAUUACCAGCAGGAUAUAACAUAGGUGUUAUGAAUAAUCCUGCUGAUCUUAUGAAAUCCUUUUGCAAUGACAGCAUCAGGGAAAGAUAUAAUAUACAAUUGUCCAACCAUGAGCUGCAGAUACUCUGGUCUGCCAUAGUAUCAAUCUUUCUAAUUGGUGGUGUAUCUGGAUCUUUAAUCGCUAGCUGGCUAAGUGAUCGAUAUGGACGGAAAGGUGCGCUGAGUAUUGGCAAUAUCUGUGGAAUUGUAGGAGCUAUUCUGUUCUUGCUUGUACGACACGUGAACUCGGUCGAAUUUUUUCUGAUUGCUCGAGUGUUCGUUGGACUUUCCGGUGGUCUAGCCACUUCCUUGCUUCCGACAUACAUGACGGAAAUAGCGCCUUUAAAAUUACGGGGUGCUGUUGGAGUUUUAUGUCAAUUAGGCAUUACCUGCGGCGUGCUAUUGGGUCAAAUCGCCGGGUUGGAGACCGUCCUAGGUACUCCUGAAUCCUGGCAUAUCAUGUUAGCGUCUUUCUCACCACUAUGUGUCACUGCGCUGUUAGUGACUGUCGUUUUGCCAGAAAGUCCAAAGUAUUUAUACAUAAUCAGAGGAGAACAGGGAAAAGCGCUCAAAGCACUCAGUCGUUUGCGCAAUAUGGAUAUUAUGCUCUUGCAAAACGAGAUUACUGAUUUGCAACAAGAACUGGCGAUGAGAAGUACAACCGAAAAAUGGAGUAUCCAACGAGUACUAAAAGAGCCGACCGUAAAACUGCCGUUGUUCCUAGUGUGCCUAAUGCAAUCCGGCCAGCAACUCUCCGGCAUUAAUGCAGUUUUUUAUUAUUCGAAUUCGAUAUUUCUCGGAGCUGGUCUCGGAAUUACCGGUGCUCAAUACGCGACUAUAGGCACAGGCAUCGCCAAUAUUCUCAUGGCAAUUAUCUCUGUGCCGAUAAUGUCCUUAUUUAGUAGAAGGAAAGUACUGUUUCUGAGCUGUUAUUUAUGCAUGGGAUGCCUUAUAGCUCUAUGCAUUUUUAUUCUACUAAUUCAAACAGCUCCGUUCAUGUCAGUACUUUGUACCAUCGCGGUACUUGCGUACGUUAUAUUUUACGGUAUCGGUCUCGGUCCGAUACCGUUUUUCAUCGGAUCCGAAUUAUUCGAUGUCGGUCCUAGAUCUGCUGCUAUGUCAUUAGGAAGCGUGUUUAAUUGGGGAGGAAAUUUCGUCGUCGGUAUGCUAUUUCCUUCGCUAGAAGCCGCGAUCGGCCCAUACGUUUUCCUAAUCUUCGCCGGAGUCACAUUUAUCUUAGCGCAAGUUAAUCGAGUCUAUUUGCCCGAAACACAAGGUCGAAGUACCACGGCUAUAGCAGCAGCCAUGACUCGAGGUUUUAAAUCGAGACCUAAUGCAACAUUGGCCAUGUAAAUCGCUAACACUUAACUAACACGUAACUUGAUAAGUAUUUUUACAUAACGGUUAAGUACUUUUUAUACGGUUUUUUAACAGAAUCAUCAAAUCAUCAUGAUAUGAAUGAUAUUCGCGUAUUAUUCUCAUUGAAUCAUCUCACGUUAAACAAUCUGUAAAUAACUCUUUCCGAUGCAAGACUAUAUAUA